AGGCCAAAGCCAAAAGCCAUGCCGUCAUUCGAAGAAUUACACGCCGGCCGUUUCCACCUCCAUCGAACGUCCGCAUAAAAAAUGUUCCCUUGGCCUAAACCCCCAAACCUCCCGCCGACGCUGACGCCGCCGCCGUCGUCGCGGUCGUCCUCGUCAAUUCCCGGCGAACCGAAUCCCUUCUUCCUCACCAUUCAAUCCCACCUCAACUCCCUCUUCUCCGACUCGUCUCCCCUCAGAAUCCGCCUCCACUCCGCCGUCCAAACCCUCGCCGACCGAGCGCGGCAGUCCCUUCUCCACGGCCUCGCCUCUCCUUCUCCCUCAUCGCCUGGCCCCUGGGCCAGUAUUUCUCUCCCUGAAGACGCUCCCGCCCGAGACAAAACCCUGUCGAUGGACGCCAUCCAGGAGCGGCUCGCCGGGGUGCCCGUCUACGCACUCAGCAACGCCGAGGAGGACUUCGUUCUCGUGUCUGGCGUGCGCAGCGGCAAAAAUUUGGGGCUCUUCUGCUUCAAGGAGGAGGACGCCGAGGCGCUGCUGGAGCAAAUGAGAUCCAUGAAUGUGGACAUGCGGCAGGGAGCGAAGGUUGUCCCUGUGGCCCUCAAUAAGGUUUUUCAGCUUAAGGUCGAUGGAGUUGCCUUGAGGUUUCUACCUGAUUCAUCACAAAUUGCAAACGCAAUUAAGGUGAAGGAGUAUGAAGGGCAUCCUGUAUAUGAUUUUCCUGGUGUUCCUAUCUUCCAGUCGAGGAGCUUGGUCUUGAAGAGUCAAGACAAGAAAUAUCGUCCAGCUUUCUUCAGAAAGGAGGACCUAGACGACUCAUUACGCAGAGCAUCUCGACAGCAAAGGCGGUUAAAUCCUGCUUUAAGGAAGGGAGACAUUGAGGUUUCAGUUCUAGAGGACAUAAUUGCUGCUAUGAAGGAAAACUCAUCGAAGUGGGAUGACAUAGUGUUCAUUCCUCCCGGCUUCAACGUAGCUGUUGAUCCUAAUGAAGAAAACAAGUAAAAAUGGAGUUGUUCUCCAUCUGCUUGUUAAAUCGUCCAGAGAUCAAUUGAUAUUGCCUUUCUACCAUCAAACAAGUGAUCAAUUUUCGAUAGACAAUAUUUCAAUAUUGAUAGGAUUAUUGUGUCUUCUCUAGACAAAUAUCAACUAUGGUUGCGCAGGUAAAGUCUAUAUGACCAUUCACACAAUUUCUAUUAUGGGUAUCAACUAGGUGAUCACCCUUUUUCUUUUUCUUUUUAUAUAAUUCUAUAAUUGAGAGUGGUAGGUUAGAUACACUUAAUUUGAAGUAAUUAGCCAUGGUUCGCCGGAGUUUCUUCA